GCAAUGAUGCAAGGCCAAUGGCGAUAUUUGUUACUGGACUAUAUUGUGAAUGAGCCUCCUCCCCAGCUACCACCAGAGCAAUUUUCAGAAGAGUUUUGUGAGUUUGUCAACAAAUGUCUUGUUAAGAAUCCUUCAGAAAGAGCUAACCUCAAAGUGUUAAUGGAUCAUGUCUUCAUCAAGAUAUCUGAGUCAAAAAAGGUGGAUUUUGCUGGCUGGGUUUGUUCAGUUGCUGGUCUAUAGCGAGUGACUGGUUGCAAUGCUUACUGAUGAAAAUGAAAUGAAUUGGAGUAUUGGCACAGAACAAGCUUAGUACUCUUAUUUAACUUGCAUCAAGAAAAUGACGGAAUACAUGAAAAGGUCUUAUAUGCAUUGGAAUCUAUUAAUUGUGGUGUGUAUUGGAUUCAGAGCAGCGAAAAACUGCCUUGGUUUGGGAGGGAAUGUAAACAAGUUGCAGCCUCUUGGAGAUGCAAACAAUUAUCAGAGUUCUUCAGGUAUAGAGAUUUCCACUACCCUGUAACUGGACGCCUUUGCAUUGCAACAGUGCUGUUUACCAGGGAGUGCUGAGGAACUAAAUGAAGAUCUCAAAAUCCUAGAUAAGGCAAUGAUAGGAUGGGACCAAGAGGGGUGGAGUUGGGCUAGGUGUUACAUGUCCCCAGUCACCCCAUCCUAUCAGUCAUAACUCUAGUUGCAUGAAAAAUAAGUGGAUUUCUUUCUAAUAAUGUGAUUAUUGUAUAUUAUUAGCUUUUUGGUGUAUGCUGUAAUUUCUUACUUUAGUUUUAUUGAGGUACUAUUCAAGGGUCACAUUUAAAUUGUUAAAAAAAAAAAGGAUGUAAAAUCCUAAUUGUAACCUCCUCCCUUAAGAGGUAUUCCUUGAUAGGCGUUCUCAUUUGUAAGUACACCUACGUUCUUACCCCCUUAGUCUACAUGCUCCCUCAAUUAGAUCACAUUUGCACAAUAGUUACAACAAGUCGAGAAUGGAGCAAGAUUUUUCAUCAAAUUCUUCUCACCCAGUUCUCCAAAAUGUGCAGAGCUGUGAUUAACUAUGUGAAGAACUGAGAAGGAAUUCUCAAUUUUUUUUCCUAUUUUCUAGUCACAAGAAAUUCUUUUUUUUUUUUAAUUACAGAUUUCUUUAAUUUGGCCAGAUUGAAAAGGUUGAUUGAUUUUUCCCUCACUCAAGUCUUAGAGUGGAAAAAUUACUCCCUAGAAGUGAGCUUACUUAAAAGGCCCUGAAAUAUUGUAUAAGCUCGGAGAUAAUUAAAAAGGAUGUUACAAGAAUGACUGUCGUAGGAAUCAGAUAUGACAGUUGCUGUACUAAAUCAUAAAUUACUUUUUUUUUUGCAUCGUCGUGGAGGACAUAAUAGUCGUCACAUAAUAGGGAGACUUUUCAGAAACAUAGCUAUUGGUACAAAUGCAUGCACAUGCAGAGUUCCAAUCUACACCUGACUCUUUUCAAAGAGGUUGGGAAGAAGUGCUCGAGUCCCAUGUUCUUGAGAGAACAGGGGCUUGUUUCUGGAGAGAGGAAGUCUCUUUAUGACCCCGAAAAAGCAGUUCUUUUAUUUCUGUCUUUCGUUCAAUUUGACAGUUUUGAAAAGCAAACGGGAAAUUUCUGGAUAGGAAACAAAAUGAAAUGUUUAAAUCUUUUUUAGCUAAAGCCUUGACUGUUUUCCUUACAUUUGAAUUGCAAGAUAUUACUUUGGGUCUGUAUAAUUACCUUUCCACGUGACGCCAACAUUCUGUGAUGGAGCACUUUAAUGAGAGCAUUUGGUGGUUUAGUCAACUGUAGAUACAUUGAGUUUGCAUGCUUCGGUAAAUAUGAGAUACAAAUGUAACUCCCUGUAAACGAGGAGACAUUAUAACUAUUGAAAUUUCUUACUUUUUUGUUUAUUCUGACAUCUUUAUAUGCAUUUGUUGGACUUUUUUACUGCUUACUCUGAACUUAAUCAAUUUAAUUUUACGUUGUCACAAUUUCGAAUGUCUAAACUUACCAAUUUGCGACCUUGCCCCAAAAUAUAGCCAAGAUCAUGGGGAAUGAUGUCUGUGAUUUAGGUUAUCAUUUUAUGUUGUUCAUUAUUAGUUCUCAAGUUCAAAACUGCAGAAGAUAUUCUUAAGAGAGCCAAACUUCAGGGGACAAUCAAUGAUGUUUUUUCUACAGAAAUGAAAACUCGAGGACAGUGUGGAGUUAUUUCUCGUUUAACUUUGGGCAAACCUUUACGUUCUGUUACCUUCGACUGAUCUUUCUUUUUAAUGAUGCGAAGGUU